AUGAGAGCUUUUGAACUAUCACUCUUUGCAUUGGCCUCUGCCGGCCUCAGUGCCGCGGUCUCAGUUGGAUCCUCAAUUACAACAGACCUCGGCACUUUCACCCUUACCAAAGGGGCAGCAUGCGCUUGUGCAAAACUCUCCCGCUCAUUCGGCGGAGUCAUCUCUCCUAAUGGCGCAAACUAUACCCUUCAAGCAGCAGACCGCUACUGGGAUGUUCGAGCUGAUUUGUCCCCGGCAUGCAUCUUCCUUCCUUCGACCCCGAAACAGGUCGCAGAAGCAGUCUCAAUCUUCGAAUCCUGCGAUGCACAGUUCGCUGUCCGUGGCGGUGGCCAUAUGAACUACCCUGGCUCAAACAACAUCGACGGUGGUGUCCUGAUGCCCCUCGAGAAACUCAACAAAGUCAAAGUCAACGCGGACACGGUCGAAGUCGGACCAGGGCUCACAUGGUGGGACGUUGUGGUAGCCCUCGAGCCAUAUGAUCGUGUCGUAAUCGGUGGCCGAAUGAAAACAAUCGGUGUCCCAGGUCUAACCCUUAUUGGCGGCUUCCACUACUUCAACAACAAAUACGGAUACGCAAUGGACAAUGCUGUCAGCUACGAUGUUGUCCUCGGUAACGGGACACAAGUCACCGCUAACCAAACUUCCCACUCAGAUCUCUUCUGGGCAUUGAAGGGUGGUGCGAACAACUAUGGUAUCGUGACAAAAUUUACUUUGAAGACAUAUGAUAUGCCUAAGGUCAGCACGACUAUCCAGGUGUUCAAUGAAAGCGGAAUCCCUAAAUUCCUCGACGCUGUUUGUGAGGCUGCUAAACUUGAUGACGAGAACCCCAUUGCAGCUGGGAUGGUCGCCACAGUGCAAUAUAACGUUACCACCAAGGUGAUUGAUGCUUCGCUUUUGGGUGUUCAGGAGGGUGUUAGCAACCCCCCUUCGCAGUUUGCGAAUUUCUCGGCUAUCCCGGCUAUAACCCGGAUUAAUGAGGUGACAACUAUGAAAGAGUGGGAAUCUGUUUUAGAGACGCCUAAGCAGAUGUUUCGUGGUUGUUUGAUUGAGCUGACAGGGUUUAAGGGUGAUGUUCUCGAUGAAAUCCAUGAAACCAGAUGCAGAGACGGUGUGGAUACAAUUGCUGAUAUUCAAGGACUGUAUCCAACAUUUGUAACGAAUGUCGCAUCUGCACCCGCUGCACGGGUUGCGAAGACGAACGGCAUUGGUAAUGUUUGGGGUCUUGAAGACGAGCCUCUCCUUAUUUGGCAAUUCAGUACUGGAUGGGACCUUGCUCAGGAUGAUCUCCGUGUUGAAGCCUGGUCUCGACAGCUUGCUGAGCAUUUGCAUAGCAUCAACGUUGAGAAGGGCAUUGCGUCGGAGUUCAUCUAUAUGGGCGAUGCUGGCGAAUGGCAGGAUCCUUUCGCAGGAUUCCCCACGGAGAACGUUGCUCGGAUGCGUAGUAUCCGAGCGGAUUAUGAUCCGUCGGGCGUUUUCUCACGUUUAAACUGGGGAGGAUUCAAGCUGGGACUCUAA